AUCCCAACUUCCGGUGAAAGAGGAGAAGUGCUUCACACGAUUACUCUGACAAGGCCUAUCGGUAACCACCCGUAGAAGAGUUGACGGGGUUUCUGUGUAAGUCAUGGCCCUGUGAUCGCCAUCAGGCCGGCUAAUUAAUUUUAUAAGAUAUUGGCAGAGGACUGUUGAACGCCGAUUUGACCAAACGCCACAUCGUGAGAGCCACAGGUUUAAAAACCUAACCCGGGACUCCGAGCUAGGAGGCUAGCUAAAGACGCAGCUACCUAUUCGCCAACCAAGCACCUCUGACUUGGAUUCUGGUGUCUAUUUCAAGAUGUCAACAGCGGGGUUCAACUCCCAGAACGGGACAGGGACAGGGCAGGCAUAUGCUAAUGGUCCGUCACAGAAUCCAGUCGCCCUGCAGCAGUUGCCUGGGGUCAACUAUGGCAUGAGCCACCAGCCAACCUACAAUCCAAUGCAGGCCAAAGCUCCGGUACCACCCGGCCCUGGACUCUAUCCAGUUGGGCCCUAUCAACCUGUUCCCCCAGUCAGCCCCUACCAGCCUGGCCCACCACUCUCUUCCUACCAAGCUCCUCCAGGCCAGCCACUGUUGACAAGACCUCAAAUGGCAGGUCCUCCAUCCCAUACCCCUCCUCAGUCUGCCAGCCCAAGCCCUGGUCCUAGGUUGCCCCCUGCACAGGCUACACCCCCACCUCCUGCUGUAUCAUCUAGUAGCUACUACCAAAGCCCCCAGCAGCCACAGCCCAUGGCUCCAACAUGGCAAUACAACACAGCUCCCCCACCAAUGGGGCCACCCACUUCCAUGAACACACCUCCUCGCGGCCUCCCAGCAAACCAUGUGAACCCCGCCGCAAGCUCAACAGCACCACUGCCGCCAAUGUCAUCAGCAUCUUACAACUCGGCGCCACCAGCCUCCUUGUCCCACAGUGCCACCCAGCCCCCUGGCCCACGGAUGCCCCCCACAUCUCUGCACGGAUACAUCCAGCCAGGUGCUGCACCUCAACCCAUGAAUCCAAUGGUCCCCAACACAUACCAACCAAACAGAGCUCCCUAUGGCCCCCCACCUACAGGCCCACCACCAACCAUGAAACCUACAUCGCCACCGACUGGACCCCCAAUGGCAAAUGCCACACCUCCUCCUCCCAAAGCAGAUGCUCAGUGUGGGUGGGUGGUUAACAGCCCCCUCUCCCCCACUGAGCCCGACUGCCAAGAGGAAGAUAUUGAAUGUCCAGAACCUGUGGCUGGAAACGGCCCACAAGCCCCAAACAGCUACAAUCAUGUUGACAACAAAAUGGCUGGCCCUCCCCAGCCUGGACCACCAGGUCGGCACUUGGGCCACUACCCAUCUCUCCCCCCUGGGUACCAGAACCCCCCAGCUCCCCACAACGCAACACCCCCCAUGCACCCUGCAAUGCAGGCCGCCACGCAGCCUUAUACACAAGCACCUCAGCCAUACCAGCAGCCUCCUGUUGGCCCAGGCCCAGCCCAGCUGAGCCCGUCCCUGGCAGCCAUGAGCCUCCAGUCAAGCACACCAGAGGCUCUAAGAGUGGUCAACCUGCUGCAGGAGAGGAACCUGCUGCCUCCAAGCCCAAUCCCAGCCCCGACACCCUGCCUCCCACAGGACCUGCAGAAGAUCAACUGCAACCCAGAUGUGUGUCUUUCCAGGGUUUUUCGUUCUACGCUAACCAGCAUCCCUCAGACGCAGUCUCUGCUCAAUAAAGCCAAGUUGCCUCUAGGCCUGCUGCUCCACCCCUUCAAAGACCUCUCGCAGCUUCCUGUGGUGACAUCCAGCACCAUAGUCAGGUGUCGGUCCUGCAGAACAUACAUCAAUCCCUUCGUCUCCUUCCUGGACCAGAGGAGGUGGAAGUGUAACCUUUGCUACCGGGUCAAUGAUGUUCCUGAGGAGUUUAUGUACAACCCAGUCAGCAGAUCUUACGGAGAGCCCCACAAAAGACCAGAAGUCCAGAACGCCACCAUUGAAUUCAUUGCUCCUUCAGAAUACAUGCUGAGGCCACCACAGCCUGCUGUUUACCUCUUCAUUCUUGACGUAUCCCACAAUGCAGUGGAGACGGGCUACCUGAAUGUGUUUUGUCAGUCGCUGCUUGACAACAUCAAUGCGCUGCCUGGAGACUCGCGGACAAAGGUGGGCUUCAUCACCUUUGACAGCACCAUCCACUUUUACAACCUCCAGGAGGGACUUUCUCAACCACAGAUGCUCAUCGUGUCUGACAUCGAAGAUAUAUUUUUACCAACACCAGACAGCCUUCUAGUAAACCUAAAUGAAUGCAAAGAGCUUGUACAGGAUCUGCUAAAGAGCCUGCCAACUCUAUUUGAGAAGACCAUGGAGACCCAGUCUGCCCUGGGUUCAGCUCUGCAAGCAGCCUUCAAGCUGCUGUCACCCACAGGAGGGCGAAUGUCUGUGUUUCAGACCCAGCUGCCUAACCUGGGUGUGGGGGCGCUCCAGUCUAGAGAAGACCCCAACCAGCGGGCUUCUGCCAAGGACAUCCAGUACUUAUCUCCAGCAACAGACUUCUACAAGAAGCUGGCUCUGGACUGCUCCGGCCAGCAGGUGGCGGUCGACCUGUUUCUGCUCAGCUCCCAAUACUGUGACCUGGCGUCACUCGGCUGCAUAUCCAGAUACUCUGCAGGAAGCGUUUACUAUUACCCCUCGUAUCACCACCAGCACAACCCUGCUCAGGUGGAGUGCUUCCAGAAGGAUCUGAAGAGAUACUUAACCAGGAAGAUCGGCUUUGAGGCUGUCAUGAGGAUACGCUGCACGAAAGGUCUUUCCAUCCACACGUUCCAUGGAAACUUCUUUGUGCGCUCUACGGAUCUACUGUCCCUGCCCAACGUGAACCCAGAUGCCGGUUUUGCAGUUCAGAUGUCCAUCGAGGAAAACCUAGACGACAUGCAGACUGUCUCCUUCCAGGCUGCACUACUAUACACAUCUAGCAAAGGAGAGAGAAGGAUCCGUGUCCACACUCUGUGUCUCCCUGUGGUCAAUUCUCUGUCAGACAUCUUUGCUGGAGCUGACGUUCAGGCCAUCACUGGACUGCUGGCGUGCAUGGCUGUGGACCGCUCUGUGACGGCCAGUCUGAGUGACGCCAGAGAUGCGAUGACAAACGCUUCCAUCGACUCACUGUCAUCGUACCGACAGUCCGUGCUAACCAUCCAGCAGCCCGGCCUGCUGGCUCCGGCCUGCCUCAGACUCUUCCCACUCUUCAUCCUCGCCCUGCUCAAACAAAAAGCUUUCAGGACGGGCACCAGCACCAGGCUGGAUGACCGCGUGUUUGCCAUGUGUCAGCUAAAGUACCAGCCGCUGGCCUACUCCCUGCUGAUGAUCCACCCGGCUCUGUACCGAAUUGACGAUCUGACAGAUGAGGGAGCUUUGAACAUCAAUGAGCGGACCAUUCCUCAGCCCAGGCUGCUGCAGCUGUCUGUGGAGAAGCUCAGCAGAGAGGCAGCUUUCCUCAUGGAUGCAGGAACGGUUAUGUAUCUUUGGAUUGGGCGAAACUGCAACCCCACUUUCCUCUCACAAGUCCUUGGAGUUCCCAGCUAUGCUGCUGUGCCUGAUAACCUGUAUCUGCUCCCAGAGCUGGACACUGCCGAGUCACAGAGAACCAGAGCUUUCAUUGGUUGGCUGAGGGAUCAGAGGCCGUUCUUCCCCUCCCUGCAUAUCAUCAGGGACGAAAGCCAGCGGAAAGCCAGCUUUUUACAGAACAUGAUUGAGGACCGAACGGAGUCAGCCCUGUCAUACUACGAAUUCCUGCUUCACGUCCAACAGCAAAUCUCCAAAUAACGCUCAGUGGGAAAUGUGCAAAUGAGGAGACACUGAAGUGAGGACAUGCAUUGGCGCACGCGUGUCCUUAUGUAUGUAUGUAUGUAUGUUGGUAUGCUGUUCGAGUGUCUCUGUGUGGAAGAGGGACUGAGGGAUGCUCCAUCUCCAGUUAUGGGGCAGCAUGUCUGAGCUGAGCUGCUGCAACUUUGCGUCACUCAAAUCAAAUUCUGUGACGGACACUUAGACGGAGUGUCAAAGAAUCCAUUCUGAUGCUCAUUUGUCACUUUUUACCCCGCUGAAGCAUCACAUUGGAAGAAAAAAGAAAGAGAUCCGUGAUGAUGAAGAUGAUGAUGAUUAUUAUAUUGUCAAUGAUUGAAUGAAUCAGUGUUUAUUCUCAUAGAACAAUACUAUCUUACUGAGGUAUCGUUCAGAUACUGUCCAGGCAAAGCGAUGUGUGAAGUGUUUUUGUUCAAAAAGCACAGUUGUCUUUACUAAAUCAAGUCCAACGUAUGUACUGUAUGUGUGUAUGUUAGACUUGAGAAUAGUCUAUGAGGAUGUUUAGUAUGUUUGUGCUCAAAGACUGUUAUUGGGUGUCACCAGGAGUAUUUGUACACACAGAACACCAGAGCUCUAACAACACUCUAAUAUCGUACCUGGAGGACAGAACGUGUGCUUUUUAUUUCUGUCAUUAUAAUUGUGUGUCGAACAAAUCUGUAGACUCUGGCGUAACCGUUGAAAUGUUGUUUGAAGGCUGAUGGAAAUGGCCGUCUUAGCUGCCUGAAUGUUUGGAUUCGGCAGUGGGAAGUUUAUUUCAUGGGUCUCAUCUGUCCUUCAGAAACUUUCUGUCAUCUUUUCAGAACACCUCGAUAACACCCUAGUCUGUUUGUUUAUUUCCUUCUCUUUUUUUUCCUCUCUGAUAAUUAAUAAUUUAUGAGACUCCCAUUAUGAUUAAAUUCUAUAAUUGCCUUGUAUGGGAACUCACUUUUUAUUAUUAAACCUCUGUUCAAAUACAGACUCUAUAUAUGAAAUAUUUUAAUAUAAUAGGAUAUGGGAAUUCUUUAACACAGACAGAACAAAGCCAUUGUGAUCUUUUAAUCAUGCUUAUUGAUACUUGUACAUUGAAAAGACUGCAUUAUAUAAAGGUGAAGAAAUGCUGAUGAUUUUAGUAUAAACAUUACGGUGGAAUGAUGCUAAGAAAAUAAAAUGUUUGGGACUUUUUAAAUGUAGUUUUGUGUUUUGGUGAGUGAACAGCAGGAGUUACACAGUGAAAAGAAAGGAUACAAAACAGAAUGUGGACAGAUAUAUUCAAUAUUUCUCCUGACUGGGUUUAAAAUGACAUUUGUUGAUCUGAUUUCAUACAAUUUGUAAUCUAUGUAUAAUAAAAACAAAAAUGUAUUUAGGAAAAAAA